UUUUCGAGCACACCCUGAACGCAACGACGUUUUCCACCGGUGCCGAUUCAUCGUAAAGUCGUCCAUCACCUCAUUACAAGCAAAAAGAAGCACAAGUAAUCAGCAACAAUGAAUGUCUCACAUGAAAUUGAUUUGCUGGUUGAGGAGAUCCAACGACUCGGCAGUAAAAAUGCUGAUGGUAAAUUUAGCGUAAAGUUUGGGGUCUUGUUCAGUGACGACCGUUGCGCCAACAUCUUCGAGGCAUUGGUGGGCACCCUGAAGGCCGCCAAGAAGAAGAAGGUGGUCGACUUCCAGGGGGAGCUGCUUCUGCAGGGUGUUCACGACAACGUUGACGUUAUCCUGCUGCAGGAAUGAGAACCCGGUGUUUGGAUAGACCGGCCUUCAAGCAGCUGUGGGUCUUUGCUUCAUAAGGCUUAGUAUUUGAACUGAAUUGCAAUAACCAAUCAGAUUUGACUCCCAGACACAGCUGGCAUGUCUGCAUAGGAUUUUUUUUUUUUUUUUUUUUGCUUUCGGUGUGCCAAAUUUGAUAGUUUAUGGUUUUCAGAGGCUAAACUUUAGCGAUAUUGAACACAAAUCAGGAAUAUAAUACUUUGUGCAAAUGCAUUCAUUUGCCUCCCUCUAUACUUUCAGUGUCAUGAAACUAAAUGACACAAAGGAUAGCAUGCUCAGUAGAUUUAGCAGCUUUAGCAAACUUCUGUACACUUUUUUGUUUGUGAUGGCUGCACUAGGCUAAUUCUCCUUUUGGUAGUGGGAGCUACGACUUCAUUACCUGGUGAGUGUAGCUGUAAGACAAAGGGUAGUGUGUGUGCUCUGCAACUGUGUCACCAAAUGGCCGUAUCAUUAAUUGUUUACACGACACAUGUCUACUACCUCUUAUUUGACCAGGGCUUUUGGAAAUUCAGCAACUCCUUGAUAGAAACUAUUACUAAAUGAAAGCUCAAGUGCAUUUCAAAAGAAUACUUUUUUUGUACUUGCUUGAAUGUGCUGAAGUCGUUUUUAUUCCAUCUUUUUGUACAUAGUUAUAAUGAAAUUUCUCUGCUAAACAAACUCCAAAAAUUGCCUUUUGUAGAAAUGGCUUAGCAAACGGUGAAUGUAUUUCUUGUGCAGUUUUUAUUGGUGUAUAAUUACAGGGUGCCAAAUGCUAAAGGUGAAUCUCAGGACCAAAACAACACAACCAAAAUGUGUUUAACUAUCAUGCUGUGGCUUAAAUUAGAGACACAAGAUGUGCAUUUACAGUUUUGUCAGUUUCUUUAAUUUUAGCACUCUGUUUUGUACUGUAGGUCAAACAAAACUUGCGGAUCAAGCAUGACCGCUCCUAUAUCAAAACUCAUCACUUGGAGGUGAUUUAUUCCACUUGUUUUAUGCCUUUUUGUUAUCAGUUUUGCUGAAAUAUCAACAGCCAUUCUUGGCUUGUAUGGAGGCCCAAAGCAGUCAAAAUUAUUUAAAAAGGAAAAGAGAAAUUGUGAAUCUGGUCAUUAUUUGAAUAAAUAUUAAUAACCAUUAAUUUCGUAAUGCUUCAAAACUAACUUCCUUGCACUAAGCAGAGUUUUUUUUUUUCCUGACUGAAAAUGCAGGAAAAUAUUAUUCGGACUAUUCUUGUUUUAUGACCACUCUGUCCUGUAGGUUUUGAUUGACAAAGACAUGGCCAUGAAAAAUUACAUUCACAAGUCAUUACAGAUAAAUUCCUUUGUUAAUACUAAAUAAAGAGCAGGGUGAGUCAAUGUUUUAUAUUCAUGAGCUGAAUUUCAAAGAUUAAGGGCUGAUUUCCACAAUUUCUCUGUUUACUCAUGUAACAUGAAUUUGUCAUUUCAUUAAAAUUUUGAGCAUUUUGGGCCUCCAUACUUUAGGAAAAACUUGUAGCUAUUUGAACGUGAACACAGGGACUAUGUAUUAACCUUUUUGCUCAGUGUAACGUCCCCCAAUUGACACCUAGUUAUUAAAAUCAUACCCAUUUUUUUUUUUUUUUUUUUUUUUUUUUUUUAAGUUUUUAAAUUAGGCCUUGGUCAUGUUAUCAUUUGCACAUUAUUUGUUUCCCUUGGUCAUGAGAAACAUGUUAUGAGCCUUGUGAAAUGACGCCUGGUCUGCGAGUUUUGUAAGACCCAUGUCACAUUAACUGCUGUUGUGUCAACUUUGCUUAAUCUUUUACAUUCAGGUGCUGCUUAAGCUUGACUUGAAAUGUGCUCCCCCCCCCCCCCAGUAUCUGUGGCACAAAUGAAUCCAACUUGAUUAUGAAUGAAACUGAUCUGUAACCUGAUUACAGAAACGUGCCGCUUGCCGUCCUGCUGGUGCUCUGGCGCGAGUUUCAGCUCACUCUCUAAGCACAAAUGCAAAUUUGGCAGGCGACAGAAAGUAAUGAUCAGUGCUGAGCCAAUACCUUGAGUCAUUUCUGUGAACAAAUGGGAUACCUGCGUGAUGCGUUCCAAGUGUGUCAUUACUGUGCUUUGUAUUGGCAAUAACACAUUCCUAGAAGAGGUUUCUGUUACUGUGGAAUUCAGUCCAAGGAAUAAAAUCUCUACACGUGAAGCUUGAACCUGCUUUGCUGUAU